UUUUCAGAUUGAUGGCCAGCACAGUUAGUUUCAACGUCAUUUGGUCGGAUUAUUUGUUGAGUAUGCUGCACAAGGUCCCCAUCGUGGUUGCAUCAGCCUUGGUCGUUUUGUCUCUGACUACUUGCGGUGGACUGGCCCUCUGUCUCGGAGCCAUAUUCUACUUCCUAAGGUUGACUCAAAUGUCGCAGGAUUUUGUGGAAGAGGUGGUUUGGUUAUUUGUGAAAAAUUUUGCGAAAAAAUUCAGGAACUUCUUCAAGCGGGCGAAGAAACCUGAAAAAACCUCAAUCAUAAUUGCUGCUGAGAGUAGUGAACAUGUUACUGAACCUCAAGCGAGCCUAGAACAAAUAGAAAAUGUGAAACUGAAAGAUACAGAAUCAGAGUUGAAAGAUACUCUUGAAAGGGAAGAAGAGCCUUCUACUUCUGCCUCUGCUACAAAUAUUGAAGAGGUUGAUAUAGUAGAAAAUUCCGAGGAUGACAAACAGGAAGCUGUUGAAAAUGACGAAGUUGUCGUUGUACAAAACAAAACAGGAGAGCGAAUCGAAAAUGUUCAUGACGAUUUGGAAAACGAAAACACCAAAAAUGGUUCAAAGAUUUCUGAGGCGUACAACGCGAUUUUCUUUCACUCUUUCCUAUUCUUCAUAUGGUGCAUAAUAACUUUGAUAAACGUACCAGCAGUGCUGACGUGGGCCCAUAAUUUCAAUGAUUUCACCAUUACAUUACUUUGUACUCCUCCAAUUAGACUUGAAUUUGUUUGA